AUGAGGACCCUUUCCUUGUCACUACUCUCCCUUGCUUUGAGCUCCCUUGGGCAGAGCCUCCCGACUGAAGAAUGCCCAAUCCUCGGUCCCGUACUUCCUUCAGGCUUCGACCUUUCAAGCAGCAAAGCCUUUAAAGAUGCCAAGUCUAGUCUCCCCAAAGCUAUCGAAGCCCUCUUCGAGGCAGGCGUCUUAAACGACACUCAAACCGCCUUCGCCAUCGACGUCUUCUCGACUGCGACCAACGAGUCCCUCUAUAGCUAUUACCACACCGGAAAGGAACUGAAGAGUACUUUGACUACGGGCCAGCUCGACGACGGAACAAUAUUUCGCAUUGGAAGUGUUUCCAAGAUCUAUACUGUCUACUCCAUCUUGGCACAUGCUGGUCUGGAGAUUUUCAACCAUCCCGUCACUUUCUACGUGCCGGAACUUCUUGGAAAUGCUGGAAGCGACCCUCUGAGCAAGAUCAAGUGGGAGGAUGUUACCGUCGGUGCUCUUGCUGCACAGCAGGGAGGUACCGGAGGAGUUCCCCUGGAGGCUGUUACGUGUCACGGUUCAUCCAAGGGUUGCACCACUGAAGAUUUUCUCGCUACCAUGAAGGACAAGAAGCACCCCGUGGCUCUUCCAUUCCGAGCCUCCCUCUAUUCAGAUGCUGGAUUCGCCCUUCUCGGAGUUGUAUUGCAACGCAUUACCGGACUCACAUACAAUGACGCGGUUCAGGCUGCCCUGGCUGCCCCUCUUGGACUCAAUAGUUCCACCACAUUCGAGCCCAACGGCCAUGAUGUCAAUGCUCUGAUUCUCCCAGGCUCACCGGCCGAGUCUUCGUGGGGAUUUGAUAACCAAGUCACCGCUCCUUCAGGUGGCAUCUACGCCAGCGCAGCUGACCUGCGAAGGCUCGGCGUUUCGAUCCUCGAAUCCCAGCUCCUCUCCCCGCGUACGACUCGACAGUGGAUGAAGCCUCUCGGUGGCACUGCAUCUCUGACAUACGCCGUCGGCGCGCCCUGGGAGAUCAACCGCCUCACGGUGCCAGCCACUCCCGGCUCCAACCGCACCCGCGUUUCGGACCUUUACACGAAGCUGGGUGGCAAUGCUGGCUACGCUGCUGUCUUUGCCCUGUCGCCUGACCAUGAAAUCGGAUUCUCUGUGCUUGUGGCUGGCCCUUCUGCUGUUUCUGACCGUAUCCCCCUCCGCGAUGUUGUGGGAACCGUAUUCGUGCCAGCUGCCGAACACGCCGCCGUUGAGAACGCCGCUGUCAACUACGCCGGUGUCUUUGCUGAUGAUUCCGACGAGACCUCAAACCUCACCUUGACUGUCGACAAGGGCCACCCAGGACUUGGCUUGCAGUCGUGGAACGUCAACGGUGUAGACUGGCGAGCCAACCUGACCCUGCCAGGAGCUGAUCCGAUCCUUGCAGCCAGCCAGACAAUCCGCCUCUACCCCCUCGGCCCCGAGACAGAGGAAAAGUCUUCGUCUGGUGACACUCGACGCAUCGCAUUCCGUUCCGUUGCCCAGAUCAAGCCGAUCAGUCCACGAGCUGAGGCCGAAGGAGGCGAAGGCAUGUUCGACAAUGGAUGUCAGACGUGGUUUGAUGUUGGAUUCUGGGACUCGCUGGAUGAGUUUGUCUUUGAGGUUGUUGACGGAAAGGUUAUAAGCGUGGAGAACGCGAUUACACAACAAGUGUUGAAGAGGGUGAGUGAAUAA